GGUUUUCCUAGAUCAUCUAGUUUAUUUACAAGCUCCGUGUUUUCCUUUUCGCCGUGUAUGUUGAAGCUGUCACUACUAGUACAGCUAGUGGUGCUGGAGCCAGCUCGGAGCUGCACUUCAAGUACACGAUGUAGAUUAGAGUUAACACACGUCUGGUUAUAUCGGUCAAAUCUAUUGUAAGAAAAAGGCAAAAAGUCACAGGGGAAAUAUAUAUCUAUAUAGAUAUUGGAAACUUGCAUUAAAAAAAAAAAAUACUUAAAAAGAUUUCGUCUGCACCAUGGACAGUUUUAACCCUUCGGAAAACGAACGUAUGGAGGCUUGGCUGGAUGACCACUUGGACUUUGCUCAUUCUUACUUUGUAAGGAAAGCUACAAGGGAUAUGGUAAAUGCGUGGUUUGCUGAGAGAGUUCAUUCCAUCCCAGUCCCCAAAGAAGGAACCAAACUGCCAACAGAACUCAGCCCCAUCCAUCAAACAGCUCGUCCAGAGAAUACCACACCAGGAACCCCUAUCAGGAAAAUAUCAGCUUCAGAGUUUGAUAGGCCCUUGAGGCCCAUUGUUGUCAAGGACUCUGAGGGUGCCUUGACUUUCGUCUGUGAUUCAGAAAAGGUACAGAUGCCUUUGAAACCACAGAGACUUGGGGCAGGAGAUGGACAGGUGAGCGAUCAGUGCACCAGACUCCUGGAACUGGUGAAGGACAUUUCCACUCACUUGGAUGUCACAGCACUCUGCCACAAAAUCUUCCUGCACAUAAACGAACUCAUAGAUGCUGACCGGUACUCGCUCUUCUUGGUCUGUGAGGACAGCUCCAAUGAGAAAUUCCUCAUCAGCAGGCUGUUUGAUGUGGCAGAGGGCUCCACGCUAGAGGAAGCUUCAAACAACUGCAUAAGGCUGGAGUGGAACAAGGGCAUUGUGGGCCAUGUGGCAGCUACUGGACGGCCAUUAAAUAUAAGAAGCGCCUAUGAGGAUCCUAGAUUCAAUGCUGGAGUUGACCAAAUUACAGGUUACAAGACCCAAAGUAUUCUGUGCAUGCCAAUAAAGAACCACAGGGAAGAGGUCGUGGGUGUUGCUCAGGCUAUAAACAAGAAAUGUGGAAAGAAUGGCACAUUUACAGAACAAGAUGAAAAGGACUUUUCAGCCUAUCUGGCAUUUUGUGGAAUUGUUCUUCACAAUGCCCAGCUGUAUGAGACUUCACGGCUUGAAAACAAACGCAAUCAGGUGUUGCUUGACUUAGCCAGCCUCAUUUUCGAAGAGCAGCAGUCCCUUGAAGUGAUACUGAAAAAGAUUGCAGCUACAAUACUGUCCUUCAUGCAAGCUCAGAGGUGUACCAUUUUCAUAGCAGACGGAGACAUUUCAAACUCAUUUUCCAGUGUCUUUCAAAUGGAAUAUGAGGAGCUUGGUGAAUCUGCAGAAGUUCCAAAAAGGAACUGUGACGUAAGCAAAAUCAACUACAUGCACGCACAAUAUGUGAAAAAUACCAUGGGUCCCCUUAAUAUUGGAGACAUCAGUAAAGACAAGAGGUUUCCCUGGACGAAUGAAAACGCAGAAAAUUCAAACAAGCAAAUAAAAAGUUUGCUCUGCACCCCAAUUAAAAAUGGGAAGAAGGAUAAAGUUAUAGGUGUUUGUCAACUUGUGAACAAAAUGGAUGAAGUCACUGGAAAAAUCAAAGCGUUUAACAGAAAUGAUGAACAGUUCUUAGAGGCCUUUGCUAUAUUCUGUGGGCUGGGGAUCCAGAACACCCAGAUGUAUGAAACGGUGGACAGAGCAAUGGCCAAGCAAGUUGUGACACUUGAGGUUCUCUCAUAUCAUGCAUCCGCUUCCGAGGAGGAUACCAGGGAGCUGCAGGUAACAGCGGCUGCCAAGGUGCCCUCAGCACAGUCCCUCAAACUGCUUGACUUCAGCUUCAGCGACUUUGAGCUAUCAGACAUGGAAACAACCCUGGCCACAAUCCGGAUGUUUAUGGACCUCAACCUUGUGCAAAACUUCCAGAUGAAGUAUGAGGAUCUUUGUCAGUGGGUUCUCAGUGUGAAAAAGAAUUAUCGGAAGCAUAUUGCUUAUCACAAUUGGAGACAUGCAUUCAACACAUCACAGUGUAUGUUUGCUGUUCUUAAAUCUGGAAGGAUUCAGAAUAAGCUAAAUGAUCUGGAGAUGUUAGCCUUGAUGAUAGCAACAUUAUGCCAUGACCUGGAUCACAGAGGAGUGAAUAACUCCUACAUACAAAGGAGUGAACACCCCCUUGCUCAGCUCUACUGUCACUCCACAAUGGAGCAUCACCACUUUGACCAGUGCCUGAUGAUACUUAACAGUCCUGGAAACCAGAUUUUGAGAGGCCUUUCCCUAGAGGAGUACAGAACUACGCUGAAGAUGAUUGAGAGAGCUAUUCUUGCCACAGACCUAGCCCUCUACAUGAACAAAAGAGGGGAGUUUUUUGAGCUUACAAAGAACAGUCAGUUUAUCUGGGAAGAUGAACACCACAGAGACUUGCUAAGGUCAAUGUUGAUGACAGCCUGUGACAUUUCUGCAAUAACAAAGCCUUGGCCAGUUCAAAGACGGGUAGCUGAGCUUGUUGCUACAGAAUUUUUCGAGCAAGGAGACAAAGAGAGAAAAGAGCUCAACAUAGAACCUAUUGAUCUAAUGAAUAGAGAUAAGAAAGAUAAAAUUCCCAGAAUGCAGGUGGGCUUCAUUGAUGCAAUCUGCAUACAGUUAUAUGAGACUCUGGCAGGGCUGUCGGAGGCCUGUUCACCAUUACUAGAAGGCUGCAGAAAGAACCGGCAGAAUUGGAAACUUCUGGCAGAGCAAGACGAGAAAAAGUUGGUCAAUGGAGCAACAUAACAGUUCAAAGAAGCGAAAUCGCCACGUUUCCAUAUGUCAUUCUUGUGAUUUCAUCCAAGUUUAUAUCUGUUUUCCUCUAGCCGUUAGCAGCAUUUUAUACUUUUACUUCUUUAAAACCAUAUAUUAUUGUGUAUUUUGUCGUGUUUUGCUCUGUCAAAAUAAAUUUUUAAAGCCUGUAGUAGACUUGAUAAAUAUACCAGAGAAGGAAGGGCCUGGUAAGAAUCAAACCAUCAAAAGGGACCAGUGCAAGCUUCUUUUGUUUUUGAAGAGUGUAAAAAAUGUUUUUGGGUCACUGCAAUAAAAAUGCUGUAUUCACUGAUAUACACAAAUGCCAAAAGCAAACUUACCUGGUCACUAUAGUUAUAGUUAUAAAAU